UUGAAUGAAAAACUAUUACAUUUUAAGUGCCAUGAAAGUAAUAUGGUUCACUCCGAAACGAAACUUUAUUCGAUUUACUUUUGAGCGGAACGUACUAUUAGAAGUGCUUGCUUACAGGGGAGUUGUAAUAUGACGCACACGCAAAAGGAGGUAACGUUACAGCUCAAGGAGACCCAUGCAUGAGGUUUGCAAUGGCAUCCAGUAUAAACAUAAAGAAUGGACUUUUAACCACCAAAAAUUCUCUCCACAUAAAGAUUCCCUAUCCCACAUUUAAACAGAGGCCAACAGAGAUCAAAUGCUCAAGAGCAUUAACAACGGGACAGCACAAUGAACAGUACUGUAUUGAUGUUGUAAGGAAGAGGGAUUAUGAGGGAUUUUUGUGUUCAUUGCUUUUUCCUGAGGCUGUUCGUCGAUCUGCACUGGCACUGACGGCGUUCAAUGUAGAACUGGCACAGAUUAAGGACUCUGUUUCUCAGAAAACCAUUGGUUUAAUGCGAAUGCAGUUCUGGAAGAGCGCUGUAGAGGAUAUUUACAGAGAUGACCAUCCAGCCCAGCCCGUCAGUGCAGAACUGUGGAGGGCAGUGAGGAAGCACACAUUAACAAGGAGGUGGAUGUUAAGAAUUAUAUCUGAAAGAGAGAAAGAUCUGGAGGACAAAGCGUACAGGAACCUUCAGGAGCUGGAGGACUAUGGCGAAAACACACAAUCCUCUCUUCUUUACCUGCUUCUGGAGACACUUGGUGUGAAAAAUGUCCAUGCAGACCAUGCCGCAAGCCACAUUGGCAAAGCCCAGGGCAUCCUGACCUGCCUUCGGGCAACUCCCUACAACAGCAGCAGACGCAAGGUCUACCUGCCCAUGGACAUCUGCAUGCUGCAUGGAGCAUCUCAAGAGGACUUCAUCCGUGGCAGCAGGGACCAAAACGUCAGGGACGUCAUUUAUGACAUUGCCAGCCAAGCCCAUGUCCAUCUCCAGCACGCUAGAUCAUUCAGCGAGAACGUUCCACAAGCGGCCAUGCCUGCCUUCCUGCAAACGGUUGUUUUGGAGGACUACCUUCAGAGAGUGAGAAAAGCAGACUUUGAUGUGUUUCACCCCAGCCUACAAAAGAGGAAUCCAGUGCUGCCCCUUCAGCUCUAUUUACGAUCAUGGAGGAAGAUCUAUUAAUUUGUUUGAUUAAAUCAUCAUCUGAUUGUUGACAGAUGAGUCAAACAAACCAAGCAGUUGUAAUAAAUUAUCUAGCUUCUAUAUGUUCAGAAUGUUAAAGUAUUGCUGUCAUUCCUGUCUUUUUCAUGGCCGAAGUGUUCGAUAACUCAAUUUCCAAGCUUCACAGAAAAUAACCACAAUCAAAACAGUCCAUUAAAUUAAAUUAAAAUGUGUCUGAACUCAACAACAAAUAUCUCUAAACAUAUUUUGAGAGAUAGUACAAGCUGUCAAACUGUUCUGAAUUUGUUAAAGUAUCUGCAUAGUGUUGGUGGCAUGAAUCGAAGCAAAUAUUUUCCCAACUUGGUCUGUGGAACACGUUUCAUAAUAAAUUCAAUUAUUUAAGACAUUUGCGAACAAAUUAGCAACAAUUGAACAUAUUUUAUAGGUGAGGAAUGUGUCUCAUGCCCUUUCUGAUAGGCAAGGUCAAUCAAUUGUUUUUCACGCUGCAAGUGUGAUGCAAGGUGGCAUAUUUUAGUGGCACAAUCAUGAGUUUAUUUAGUCAUCAAAAAUACAGUCCUUCCACUGCCACAAAAGCUCUUAUCUGAUCGACAAGAAAACAACUCCUGGCUGUUUGUGACUGCUCUUGAACUGCAGAGAAUAUUUGGCUGGGAGCGAGGUCCUCUGCGUUGCUUUGCUCAACUCAUUCAGUCGCUUUGAUAAAGGACAGAGAUCUUGCAGAAUCUGUGAAAAUGUGA